CUUCAUGUCCGGCGCAUGUUUUGUAUCCCUUCCUCGCAAAGCUGGCUGACAGCUGCCCAAACACCUGCGUGUCACUGAAAUGGGCCAGCAGGAGCCUCAGUCCUCCUCUCCUGCCUCUUCCCACUGGGUCCCCAUAUCCAGCUCAGUGGGUGUCAUGACGUGGGUUUGAGGCUUCCCUGCAACCAUACCUUGAUUGCAUUGAGACCCGGGGAUGUCUCGUCCUGCUCCGUCCCCCAUCUACACCCUGAGGGGGGCUGGCGGGCCCCUCAACACCCUCCACUUCAGCUGCCAUGGAAGGGACACGCCCCUCCUAUUUUCUGGGUCAGGGAAGGGUGCCAUCCAUAUGUGGAACCUGAACACUAGGCGGGCUCAGAAGAUUGUAGAAGGUCAUUCUGGUAGCUCAGUCAUCUGGGUCAGCACACUGCAGGGGACGGACACCCUCAUCAGUCAGGGACGGGACAUGCAGGUCUGCCUGUGGGAUCUGAGCGAAGGGCGGAGUGCGCUGAUGGACUCUGUGUGGACCGGCAGCGUUGGAUUCUGCCAGCCCUCCAUGCUGGAGACGAGCCCUGGGACGCGUCUGCUGGCCUUCGCUGGACAACAGACAGAAGAGAUCAAGAUUGUUGAGCUACCCAGUAAGAGCCCAGUCUGCACCCUGGUACCAGACGCUAAGCUGGGGAUGGUCAUGUGUAUCAAACUGUGGCAGCCAGACUCGGGUCCCGGACCUCUCCUGCUGGCUGGAUACGAGGACGGUUCCCUGUUGCUGUGGGACGUAACCCAGAGGUCCAAGCUGAGCCAAGCCAAAGCCCACCCUGAGCCCGUCAUGUGCCUGACCUUUGACACCAACUGUCUGAGGGGCAUAUCUGGCUCCUCUGAGAAGAAACUCUCCCCCUGGAUGCUGGACAGACAGAACAACCUGCAGCUCCAGGAGUGUGUGACGCUGGUCAACCCUGGAGUUUCCCAGCUGUGUAUCAGGGGGGACGGUAAGCUCCUGGCAUCAGCGGGCUGGGACCAUCGAGUGCGGGUAUUCGGUUGGAAGAAGAUGCGCCCGCUGGCAGUGCUUCAGUACCACACCGACAUGGUGCUAAGUGUGGCCUUCUCUGACCACCAGGACCCCAGGCAAAGACUGCUGGCUGCUGGAUCCAAGGACCAGCGGGUCAGCCUGUGGUCAAUAUACAAUGAGGGAGCGGACACUAGCUGAGCCUCUGAGUCUGGGAGGAUAUUUGGACUUUUAAUCAGUACUUUCUAUUGAUGUUGGUUUGACACCAACUGGCAAUAGUCCAUUGUAAUGGUUUGAUAACUGGAUAAAUGGACUGCGUAUAUUAUGUUUAGCUAUACUUUUGUCUCUUUCAUUUUGAGCUCCUACAUUGAUGUCGUCCUCUAGCGCCAAGCGUUAUUGACGGGUGGAAGCAAAGCCCGUAAAUAACAAUGGCUAAUUGUUUUGUCCGAUGAGCGCUAGCGUUACUGUGCAGCCUCCAACUGAGAGAGACGACGUAGAUGUGACGUGAGCAACCUGUCUGAAAGUGUGAAGUCUUCU